AUGGCUGACGAUAACAUUCCAGAAUCCUCAGUUCGUCUUGAAGAAGUUUUUUCUCAUGAUGAUGAUGAUGAUGACGGCGAUGACAACCGCAUUACUUCUAUUCAUAGUCGAACACAAGACAAUCUUUUAAGUAACAUUAAUACACUCCCAUUAACACCAUCUCGAUCACCACUUACUUUUUCAAAUCAAAUAUCAAAUCGAAAUCAAAUGGCAACAACAAAUCCUUCUCAACUAGCUGAUGAAAAUCGAUUUUUAAAUGAUGAAUUAAAUCGUGUUGAAACAAUGCUUAAUUUAUCUCGAGCAGAAAAAGAUGAAUUAAGUAUUCGUUAUAAUGCCUUAUCGGAUCGGCUCGAACAAUCAUUACGUGCACAAGGUUUUGAUAUAGCAACAGAUAUGAAUAGCGGAGACUCAGAAGGACAUAUUCUUGUUCAACAAAAUAUUGAUUUACGACGAAAACUUGAAGAAGAACAUCAAAAUUAUAAACGAAAAUUAUCUAAUUAUCAAGAAGGACAACAGAAACAAGCACAACUUGUACAAAAACUUCAACAAAAAGUUCUUCAAUAUAAAAAUCGAUGUACAGAACUGGAAAUAUUAAUGGAACAACAUAAAGAAGAUAUGGAACGUCUUCGACUUUCCUCAUCUAAUCAUGUUUUAUUAUCAUCGAGAUCGACAAUGAUGAAUGAUUCUCGUACAAGAGAAAAUGAUGAUGAGCAAGAUGAAACAACAAUUACACUCGAAACUGAAAAACAAAAAACUAAUAAUCUUGUUCAAUUGAAUACAGUUUUACGUGAUCAAAUUGAUCAAGCUCAUUUAGCUAAUCAACAAUUAACUGAAGAUUUACGACGUACAACUGCUGAACUUAAACAAAUACGUGAUGAAUUUAAUCAAAAAUCACGGGAUUGGAAAGAAGAAGAACGAGUUUUCAAUCAAUAUUAUAAUAAAGAACAUAAUCUUAUGUAUGAAUUAUGGCGUGAUAUUGUUUCGUUUCGUAAACAAUUCACUGAAUUAAAAGGCACCACUGAACGUGAUUUGACACGUGUUCGUAACGAUCUUUCUCAAACAGGUCGAUCAUUAACGAGUGCUUGUUUUGGAUUUCUAACUGCAACAAAAACAGCUGAAAGUCAAGGACAAGCUGCAAUUGAACGAGAACGUAGUGAUCGUGCUAAUUUAGAAAGUCAAAUUCGAGAAAAAACACAAGAAAUUUCUGAUUUACAACAAAAAUCACAAGAAUUAUUACAAUUCAAUGAAAAAUUACGUCUUCAAUUGACUGAAAAAGAAGGUACAAUUGCUACAUUAACACGUGCUCAACAGCAAACAAUGGAAAAUUCGUCUUCAAAUCUUGAAACGCGUACAAAAGAAAUUAAUGCUGAUACUGAACGACUUCAUCAACGUUUACGAGAUAUAGCCCAAGCUGUUCUCAAUGACGAAGAUGAAAGAUAUGAUGGACAUGAUGCAGGUAGAACAUCACCUCGACGUUUAUCACCACAACGAGGUGCUGCUGAUCGAUAUGAAUCAUCACCUGAUCGAGUUUAUACCCGAAUUCGUUCACCUCGAUCACAUUCACCACAACGUCCAACUCAAGCAUCUCGACCACAUUCUCGUAAUGUUUCGCCAUCAUUUGGUGACAGUACAUUUAGUGCUGUUAAUGCUGCUUUAAGCAAACGUCAAGUUCAGGUUCAUGAUUUACAAACAAAAUUAGAUGGUGCACGAGAUACAAUUCAACAAUUAAAAGAACAAUUGAAUCAAAGCGACUCCGAACGGCGGCAAUUAGAUCAACAAGCAACAACAUAUAAAUUACAAAUCGAUGAAUUACGAAGACAAUUCGAUGAUACGGCAAAUGAACGUGAUCGAUCGAAAUCCGCACUUGAAUCAUCAAAUUAUGAACGUACAAAUAUGGAGAAAUUUCGUCUUACACUUAAUUCUCAAAUUGAUGCAUUACGUGCUGAUUGUGAUCGUUUACAACAAGCCAAUACAGAUAUUCAACGUCAACGUGAUAUUCUCGAAGAAGAAAAAGAAGAUUUAAUCAAGGAUCGAAUUCGUCAAGUCAAAGAAAAUGAACGUUGUAUUAAAGUUAUUGAAAAUCUUGAAAAUAAAAUUUCACAAUUAAAACAAGAUGUGACUGAAUUACGUGAACAAUAUCAUAAGGAAAAAUUAACUAAAGAUGUACUUGCACAAGAAAAACAUGUACUUUCCGAUGCAUUAUCACGAUCAGAAUCAUAUCGAGCUGAAGUUGAAAUGGAACUUAGUAAAGAACGAAGUGAAAGUGCUGCUUUACGAGAUCUUCUUUGUAAAGUCCAAGCACUUAAUGAAGGUCUUGCUCAAGAUAAAAUCGAAUUGAAUAAAAUUAUUCUCUUAGUUGAACAAGAGAAAAAUUCUAUUCAUAAUGAAAAAUCUGAUGUAGAGCUUGAUAAAUCAACACUUCGACAAGAACUUGUAAAAGUCGAACAAGAAAAGAUCGAUGUUGAGAAUGAACGUGAUACUAUUCAUCAUCGUCUUCAAUUGACUGAAGUUAGUCGUCAACAAAUUGAAGAAGAAUUAAAUAUUGUUAAUAAAGAAAAAGCUGAAAUUAUUGAACAAUUCCAACAUAUGACUCGAUUGAAAACUACAUUAGCUGAAGAUUUGAUAGCUGCUAAAAAAGAUAUUCAACGAUUGAGUGAUCAUAAUUUACGUUUGAAUAAAGAAAAAGAAGAAUUAACAAAAGAACGUGGUAAUCUUGUUGUUGAUCUUAACGGUACUGAACGUGAUAAUCAAACAUUAAAUUCAACCAUUAGUGCUUUACGUGCUGAAAAAGAAGCUUUGGAAACAAAUCUCUAUGAAGCACAAAGUACUAUUAGUCAACUUGAAGUUAAAAAAGAACAAUUAGAAGGUGAAAAUCAAGAAUUACUUUUACGUAAAGAACAAUUACAAAAUGAAAUUCAACGACUUCAUAUGGAAUUAAAUGGUGAAAUUGAAAAAUCUGCUCGUACACGUGAUCAAUUACAACAACGUUUAUCACAGUUAGAACAAGAUAAAGAAUCAGCUAUUCGACAACAUCAUCAAGCACAUGAAGAUGAUGUUGAACGUAUGACACGUGAACGUGAAAAACUUCGUCAUGAUUUAGAAACAACACGUGAAGAAAUUAUUCGACAAUUAACACGUGAAAAAGAUGAAUCAACACAACGAUAUGAAAAAGAAAAAGAAGAUUUACAUUAUGAAUUAGCUAAUAUUAUUACCGAACGUGAUCAAUCUUUAAUUGAAGCCGAAAAUGAAAAACAAAAACUUCUUUCAAUUGCUCAAUCUGAACGUAAUGCUAUCGCUGAAAAAUUAUCAUUAACUAAAGAUGAUUUAUUACGUAUACAAGUUGAAUUAGAUAAAGCACGUCGUGAUGGUGCAUUACAUCAUGAACAAGAUCGUCAAGUUAUAAUAUCAUUACAAGAUGAAUUAAAAAAAUUUCAUAAUAAAUUUGAAGAUGCAAAUAUUGCUAAUGAUCGUGAUAUAAAAGCAUUAACAUCUGAUUUAGAACAAAUACGUCAACAAAAACAAUUAUUAAAUCAUGAAAAUUUUGAAAUCAAAACUCAAUUAAAAUUAACUGAAGAUAAUCGUGAUCAAUUAAAACGUGAUUUAAUUGAUUCAAAUCGACGUAUAAGAGAAUAUGAAGAAAAUCUUACAAUACAACGAAAAGAAAUUCAAGAUUUGAAACGUUAUUUACAAGAUGAACAACGUGAUAAAGAAUUAUCAUUACGUUCAUGUGAAGAUUUACGUACAAAAUUGAAAAGUGUUGAAAAUGAAAAAAUUGAUUUAAGACAAGUCUUAGAAGAAGCUAAACAAAGAAUAAUUGUACUUGAUGAACAAAAAUCACAAGUUCAAAAAGAUGCCAAUGAUUUACGUCAUAAUUUACGUGAUGUUGAACGUUCUCGAUUAGAAGCACGACGUGAAUUACAGGAAUUACGUCGACAUGUUAAAAUGCUUGAUGGUGAAACGAAAAAGAAAUCGAAAGAAGUCGAAGAAUUAGCUGAUCGUGUACGACUAGAUGAACAUCGUGAAGAAGAAAUGCGUCGUGAAGUUUUUGGACAAAAACAACGAUUUGUUGAAGCUGAAGCAUCACGAGAAGUUUUACGUAAAGAAUUAGCAAAUAUUCAACGACAUUAUGUUGAGCUAGAAGAUGAACAACGAAUGAAAGAACGAGACUAUCAAUUAGCUGUUGAAGAUGCUCGACGCCUUGAACGUAAAGCAAUCGAUGAACGACGAAAUGUUGAAUUAGCACUUGAAGGUGCUAAUCAAAUGAUUUCAGAAUUACGUAUUGUUUUAUCAGGUGCUGAAGGACGAGCCAGUGCACUUGAUACACAAUUAGCACGUGUCGAAGGAGCUAAACGUGAUGCUGAAUAUAAACUAGGUAGUAUUGUAUCGAGUUUACGUCGCACAAUCGGUUAUGGAUCACGUAGUAGCAGUGGUGCACGAGCUCGAAGUCGUUCACCAAGUCCAAGUAUUCGUCGUCGACCAAUAUCACCAACAAAAGGUUUUGAUAGUAAUGAAAAUCGAUCAUCACCUAUAUUACGACGAACAUCACGUAGUCCACAUCCACGUUCACAUACACCAGAUUAUGAUGGUGAACGUGCACGUUCACCUGGUUCAACAUAUGUUGAUGUUGCUGAUAUUGAUCCAGAACAAAUUCGUACAGCAUUACGAGAUUUUGUUCAAAAUUAUAUUACAACAGAACGUGAUCGAGAUGAUUGUGCUGCUGAAGCUGCAGUACUUCGUCGAACAACAAAAGAACUUGAAGAUAGUCUUUUAAGAACCGAACAACGUUUUAGUCAAUUACAAAAAACACUUAUGUCAUUUGAAGAAGACAAAAAAGGUGUAGAUACUCGUUUACAAAGUGCUCAAAAUGCUUUAUUAUUACAAGAAGAUACUAUUCGAAGAAGUGAACGCGAACGUAAAACAAUGUUAGAUCAAAUAUCUGCGCUUGAACGAAAUUUAAUAUCGGGAGAUAAUGAAAAGAAACAACUUUCUGAAAAAAUGGGUGUAUCAAAAUUAACUGAAUCACGUUUAGCAGAUGAAAAACGACAGUUAAAACGAGCAUUAGAUGAAACUGAAGCUCGUGCAACUGAACUUGAAAUGAAUCGUCGAGGAUUAGAAGGUGAAUUACAACGUUUAAAUAUGAUUCUUACAGAUAAAGAUACUGAAAUUCAAGUACAUCAAGAACGAUGUGAAGCAUUGAUUCGACAAAUUCAAGAUCGUGAAGAAAAAUGUCAAUCAUUACAAUUAAGUGUUGAUCGUUUAUCUUUGACAUUAGCUAAAACAGAAGAAGGUGAAUCAAGUUUGAAAACACGUGUACAAUCACUUAAUCAAACAUUAUCACAAACAAACUAUCAAGCAGCUGAUUUACAACAAAAACUUGGUGGUAUUCAAGGUGCUUUACAAAGUAAUGAAGCUGAACGUCGUAUCUUACAAGAUAAACUUGAACAAUCACGAACACAAGUUGGUGAACUUAAAAAACAAAAUCAUGAAUUACUUGAACGUGUACAUCAUCUACAAAAUGAAGUGACCGAUUCAGAUAUGAGACGACAUGAAUUAGAAAAUCAGCUACGAAAUGCGAAUACACUUCUUGUUCAACGUCAAGAAAAUGAACAAGAAGUGGUUCAAAAAAUUUCAAUACUAACUGCUGAAAAACAAGCAUUACAAGAGAAGAAUGCUCUUUUACAACGCCAAUUAGGCAAUCUUGACUUAGAAAGACGUGAAGCUGAGAGAUCAAAAUUACGUUUAGAAAAAGAUAAAAAUGUUUUAAAAAAAACUUUAGAUAAAGUUGAACGUGAACGUGUUGUAACAGAAGAUAUUAUUCGUUCGUGGGAUCGAGCAGAAUUUGAUCGACAAUUUCGUCGAUUAGAAGAAGAAAAUCAAGUUUUACAACGACAAUGUGAACAUUUACAAGCAGCACUUAACGAAUCAGAACAACAACAUGCACAACGUUUAAUUGAUUUAACAACACGUAAUCGACGUGAAACUGAAGCUGAAACUGAACGUAUUCGAUCAUCUCAGACUGCUGCUGAACGUGCUUUAGAAGCACGUGAAAAAGCACAUCGAUGUCGUGUUAAAAGUCUCGAAGAACAAAUUACUACAUUAAAAGAGCAACUUCAUCAAGAAAUGCGUAAACGUCAAUCAUUUCUAAAUCGUUCAUUAGCAAAUGGCGAAGAAAUUACAGCACUUCGUCGUGAAAUUACUGAUUCAUUAUCAUUUGUAUCACAAGAUCCACAUGGUCUUGAUCCCGUUCUUUUAGAUCAUGAAACAAAACGAUUAGCUGAUAUACAUGAACCACCUGUACGUCAUUCUUCACCAACUCGACGUAACUUAUCACCAUCAAUUUCAAUACGUUCAAUGCGAGCUGCGGCUGCAGCAUCACCAUCUCAACUCGGUCCUCAAUCACCAGGUACACGUGUACGAUCAUCGCGACCACGUUAUUAA